AACCCAACUGCCCGGCGCCCGGGACCUUCCCGACCGCCGGAGGGGGAUGGAGACGGCCAUCGGUGCGGCGAGCUGGCUCGUCGGCAAGGUGCUGAGUAAGUUGUCCGAUGACCUUGUGUCCGCGUACGUGGCCAGCUCCGAGCUCGGCCUCAACUCCGAGCAGAUCAAAGCCAAGCUCAAGUACAUGCAAGGGUUGCUGCACGCAGCCCAGGACAGAGAUGUGAUAAGUAACCCUGGCCUGCAGAGCUUGCUGGAGGACCUGAGCAAGAAGGCUGAUGAGGCUGAGGAUGCUCUGGACGAGCUCCACUAUUUCAUGAUCCAAGACCAGUUGGAUGGAACCCUGGAGGCCACAACAGACCAGGGCGAUGGCCUCUAUGGUCAUGCUCUCCAUGGCCGCCAUGCUGCCCGCCACUCCAUCGGUAACUGGCUUCCAUGCUUUUCUUGUCCUCGUACGCAAGAUGAUGACUCUGUUGCUGAUACUGUUGUUACCAGUAACCCACACUGUGUGUCCCAGUCUGAUAGUGGUAAUGGUGGUGGCCAUGUUGGAAAGUUGAAAUUUGAUAGGGUGGUAAUGUCCAACAAAAUCAAGUCAGUGAUAGAGGGCAUACACAACCUGUGUGAUCCUGUCUCUAACUUGCUGAAUAAAAUCCCAAAUACUAGCACAGUUGUCACCACAAAAAGGCCUCAAACAGGUUCAAUAGUAUCACAAGAUAAACUGUUUGGGAGGAGUGCCAUCUUUGAUAAAACAGUAAAUAUGCUCACUGGUGUCACAUAUCAAACUGAAACCCUCUCUGUUCUGCCUAUUGUUGGCCCUGGGGGUAUGGGGAAAACAACUUUCACCCAACACUUGUAUAAUGAUGAAACAGUAGAGGGAUAUUUCGCUGUCAAGGUUUGGAUCUGUGUUUCAACUGAUUUUGAUGUGCAUAAGCUCACUAGGCAGAUCCAUAGCUAUAUACCUGCACUGGAACAAGAAAAACACAAGUGUACAAAUGAAACAGCCAGUUUGGACCAGCUUCAAAAAUCUAUCAUAGAGAGAUUGAAGUCUAAAAUGUUUUUAAUUGUCCUGGACGAUAUAUGGAAUUGCAAUAGUGAGGCUAAUUGGAAAAAUCUAUUGUCGCCAUUCACAAAGGGGGGAACCAAGGGCAACAUAGUUCUUGUCACAACUCGGUUUCCAUCUAUAGUGGAGAUGGUGAAAACAACAGAUCCAGUAGAACUGUGUGGUUUGGAGCCUAAUGACUUCUUCGCACUCUUUGAAGCUUGUAUAUUUGAUCGUAGCAAACUGCCUGCAAACUAUGAUGAUGACUUAAUUGAUGUUGCAAGAAACAUUGCUAUGAAACUAAAGGGUUCACCACUAGCAGCCAAUACAGUUGGUCGGCUGCUAAGGAAAAACCUUUCACGGGAAUAUUGGAUGGAAGUUUUUGAAAAGAAUGAGUGGAAAGAUACAAAAAAUGAUGACGAUAUUAUGCCAUCUCUGAAAAUUAGCUACGACUACCUUCCUUUUUAUUUGAAAAAAUGUUUUUCAUAUUGUUCCCUUUUCCCUGAAGAUUAUAAGUUUGAUAACUUCGAAAUUACUUGUUUUUGGAUCACACUAGGUAUCGUAGACUCUAGUAGCCAAAACGUUAAGAAUUACUUAGAGGAACUUGUGGGCAAUGGUUUUCUCAUGAAGGGUGGAGAUAAUUCUCGUCAAUACUAUGUGAUGCAUGAUCUAUUUCAUGAACUUUCUCGAAAUGUUUCAUCACAAGAAUGUUUCAAUAUAUGUAAUUUAAGUUUUAGAGCCGAUGAUAUCCCAAAAUCUAUUAGGCAUUUGUCAAUCACCAUAGAAAAUAUAUAUGAUGAAAGUUUUGUAGAAGAAAUGGGUAAAUUGAGGAGCGUGAUAGACAUUGAAAAUUUGCGGAGUUUGAUGAUUUUUGGAUUACAUGAUGUAAGAAUAGCUAAUAUGUUGAAAGAUACAUUCAAAGAUAUAAAGGGUCUCCGGGUACUAUUUAUAGCCAUGAGAGCUCAACAAUCUUUACCAAAGAACUUCUCAAAUCUUAUCCACCUCCAGUACCUUAAAAUUAGUUCACCUUAUGACUUAGAGAUUACUUUACCUAGCACAUUAUGUAGACUUUACCACUUGAAAUUCUUGGACCUGAUAAAUUGUCAUGGUAUUAAAAAUUUGCCUAAAGACUUUAGUCGUCUUGUGUAUUUACGCCAUUUUCAUUCUUCCAAAAAUCUCCAUUCCAAUAUUCCUGGGGUUGGAAAGAUGAAGCAUUUAGAGGAGCUUAAAGAGUUCCGCGUUAAGAAAGAGAAUGAUGGGUUUGAGUUGAAAGAGCUGGGGGAACUGAGCGGCCUUGGAGGAGAACUCAGUAUAUGUAAUCUUGAAACAGUGAGGUCCAAGGGAGAAGCUAGUGAUGCAAAAUUGAAAAAUAAAAGAAAUCUGAAAGAGUUAAGAUUGGUUUGGGGUGAAGAUCACCCAACUAUAGAUGAUGAUGUUCUCGAUGGUCUUCAUCCACCAAAUAAUAUUAGAGUGCUUGGCAUUAUAAAUCCUGGUGGUUCGGCUGGUCCUAGUUGGUUGUGUGGCGAUGUUAGCACAAAGAAGUUAGAGUCUCUCCAUCUAGAGGGUGUAUCGUGGAGCACCCUUCCAUCUUUUGAGCAGCUAUCAAACCUCAGCAAAGUCUCCUUCAGGAAUAUUGUUGGGAUGCGUGUGUUCGGGCCUGGUAUUGGUGGUGUUACAGAAAGAAGCUUCACCCAUUUGAAGGAAAUUGUGUUUGAGGAUAUGGCAGAACUUGAGGAGUGGGUGGGCGGACCUAGUAGCCACAUGUUUUCAAGGCUCGAAAGCAUCAAAAUUAAUGAUUGUCCCUUUAUCUGCUCGUUUCCAUUCUUGGAGUGCUCUGACAUAUUUACAAAGCUGUGUACACUUGAUAUUAAGAACUGCCCUAGGUUGUCUCUGUUCCCACUCAUGCCCCACACUUCCACGCUAACAUAUGUUUGCGUGGAAAAUAAUGGGUCAAAGCUGUUAUACGAUGGGAAGGAAGUUAGCAUUAAAGGGUAUACUAGGCCUUUGGCUUUCCACAUUAUGGAUAAAGUAGAGCUUAUGAAAAUUUGUGAUGUAUCACACAUUACAUUGUCAGAUCUCCAAAAGCUAAAAUCCUUGAGAAGUAUGCACUUCAAGAGAUGCGACAACGUGUUUUCCGCAGAGCUGUAUGGCAGUGUUGUCCUCCGUUCAGUUCAGAAUCUUCACAUAGAAAAGUUACAGAUCACUGGAGAAUUGUUUUCACAAGUUUUGAGGAGUUUCCCAGGUCUUUCCCAGCUUAGUAUCACCAAGUGUGAAAACCUGACACUUGUGCCUGUGGAGGACGGAGGGCUCUGGGACCUCAAGAUGCUUCAAUCAUUUAAAGGAUUCGGUUGUGGAAAGUUGUUCUCUGGGUGGCCCAUGGGAGAAGUAGGUGGAGGAGGUCGUGCCAUGAACCCUUUCCCUACCUGGCUCAGGGAAUUCGAUAUUUCCGAAGAGCCAAGCAUGCGGUCGAUGGGUCUGCUCUCAAACCUCACGUCUCUCACUAGUCUAAGUCUGAUAUCUUAUGAAGAGUUGACGACGGAUGGGUUCAAUCCUCUCAUGACAGUCAACCUCAAACAAUUGGGCGUAGAUGCUAUGUAUUCGGAUGAAGCGGACAUCUCAAUAGCAGGCGAUCUGCUCUCAAUGAUUGCAAGGAGCAAAUUAAUGCGUGCAGGUUCAUUCCAGUUGGAAGAACUUUGGGUGGAUAGCAUCUCGUCGGUGCUUACUGCUCCCAUUUGCAGCCACCUCGCCGCUACUCUCCAGACAUUAUGGUCCAGUCAUGAUCAGCGGAUGAGAAUCUUCACGGAAGAGCAAGAGCAAGCGCUUCAGCUCCUCACCUCACUCGAGGACCUGGAAUUUAUUGAUUGCUAUAAUCUGCGGUCCCUCCCUCAAGGAUUAGGUCGCCUUUCUUCUCUCAAGAGACUAGGGAUCCUCAGUUGUGAGAAAAUCGUAUCCCUGCCACCCAAGGAAGGCCUCCCCACUUCACUGGAAAAGCUAGAUGUAUAUUUUUGCAGCCCUGAGCUAACCGAGCAAGCCAAAGAAUUGAAAGAAGCAGACCCGUGGUUUUCUGUAAGCAUAUUAGGUACAUAACCCACGCCAAGUCUUAAUGCGAGGUGAUGCCUUGUUUCUGAGACCUGACAGCCUACAUGUUUCAAUUGCAGAG